CACUUGUUCCGGGGGCCCUCCGGGAAGGAGCUAGUUGGCUGGGUUUGGCGCCCCGCCCGGGUGAAAGGGUGGCCGCGGCGCUGGGUGGGACCGAGGUCCGGGGCUGGUGGCCGAGCUGCUGUGGGGCCUACGAGCUGCUGCAGAGCUGUGCGCUGCUCAGGCGGGGCGGGGCCGGCCGAGUGGAGUCCGCGCGCGCCCUGCUGAGCUGCCCGCUCCGGCGGCUGCGCUGCUCUCCAGCGGCGACAUCGCGCCGGAGUUUCCAGCAUGAACGAGCUGAGGCUUAGGGCGGUCCGCGAGCCGGACGCACCGCCCGAGGACAAGGAGUCAGAGACAGAAGUGAAGGUAGAUGGAGAGACUGCAUCGGACAGUGAGAGCCGAGCGGAAGCUGCUCCCCUGGUAACUCCUGCAGACGAUACCCCAGAGGUCCUCAACAGGGCCCUUUCCAACUUGUCUUCAAGAUGGAAGAACUGGUGGGUGAGAGGCAUCCUGACUUUGGCCAUGAUUGCAUUUUUCUUCGUCAUCAUUUACCUGGGACCAAUGGUUUUAAUGAUAAUUGUGAUGUGUGUUCAGAUAAAGUGUUUCCACGAGAUUAUCACGAUUGGAUACAACGUCUACCACUCCUAUGACCUCCCCUGGUUCAGGACCCUCAGCUGGUACUUCCUACUGUGUGUCAAUUAUUUCUUCUAUGGUGAAACAGUGACGGAUUACUUCUUCACUCUGGUCCAGAGAGAGGAGCCUUUGCGGAUUCUCAGCAAAUACCACCGGUUCAUUUCCUUUACUCUCUACCUAAUAGGAUUCUGCAUGUUUGUACUGAGUCUCGUCAAGAAGCAUUAUCGCCUGCAGUUCUACAUGUUUGGCUGGACCCAUGUAACAUUACUGAUUGUUGUAACCCAGUCACAUCUCGUUAUCCAUAACCUGUUUGAAGGAAUGAUCUGGUUCAUUGUCCCUAUUUCUUGUGUGAUCUGUAAUGACAUCAUGGCCUAUAUGUUUGGCUUCUUCUUCGGUCGGACUCCACUCAUCAAGCUGUCCCCAAAGAAGACCUGGGAAGGCUUCAUCGGGGGCUUCUUUGCUACCGUGCUAUUUGGUCUUCUGCUGUCCUAUGUGAUGUCUGGGUACAGAUGCUUUGUGUGCCCCGUGGAGUACAACAAUGACACCAACAGCUUCACUGUGGACUGUGAGCCCUCGGACCUGUUUCGCCUGCAUGAGUACAGCAUUCCCGAGGUGAUCCAGUCGGCCAUUGGCUGGAAAAUCGUCCGGAUGUACCCCUUCCAGAUUCACAGCGUCGCCCUCUCCACCUUUGCCUCGCUCAUCGGUCCCUUUGGAGGGUUCUUCGCAAGUGGAUUCAAACGAGCUUUUAAAAUCAAAGACUUUGCCAAUACCAUUCCCGGCCACGGAGGCAUCAUGGAUCGCUUCGACUGCCAGUAUCUGAUGGCCACCUUUGUCAAUGUGUAUAUCGCCAGUUUUAUCAGGGGCCCGAACCCGAGCAAGCUGAUUCAGCAGUUCAUGACUUUGCGGCCAGACCAGCAGCUCCACAUCUUCAACACACUCAAGUCUCACCUGACCGACAAGGGGAUGUUGACAGACGUCACAGAGAACUAGUAGGGGCCACACAGGGCCAGGAGAGCCAGAGCAGGACUGAGCGAGGGGGCAGCGCUCCAAGGCAAGCCCAGCCAGUGUGACUUAGACAAUGACAAAGCUUCAACUCAGUUUGUUUUCUUUUCUUUUGGUAGAGUCUUUUUUAUCUGUGGGUUUAAAAAAAUUCUGUACAUAUAGUCUGUGUGCUUACGAUUUGGGUUGCAAGGAAACUACAGCUGUGAUUUGGAAAGAAGUCAUGGGAGUAAAACCAUUUGGGUUUUUUAAGCAGACAUUUUUAAAAAAACCUGAGAGACAGUGUUGCCCAGCUCAGGAGUGGCUGCUUGGCACUUCUAGGUCCAUCAAUUGAACGGUUUCUGGACUCGAUCAGAGAAUGGCCGUUAUCUGUGUCCGACCAGUUCAGGGCCACCCAUACCUGUCUUUGUACUCCCCCUUCCCACCGGCAGGGAAGAGGCGCACGGCUUGAGUAUCUUUGCUACUGGAGAGCUUCCAUCUUCUGAGCUGUAAUCCCUGCCUUGGAGCUCCAGGCUGGAGGGACAAAGGCUUAUUGAUCAGAUAAGCAUUCUGUCCACAUGAAAUCCUGUGGAACAUGUGCUCUGCUAUAGGAUAUGGGUUCAUCUUACUUCGUCACAGACUGAAAGAAGUUUUCAGUUUUUAUUUUCUUCAGAAAGCAUGAAAAAUUAUUUAUAAUAGUCUAGAAAAGAACCACACUGUAAUAUUUCAAGCGUAUGCAGUAGAAUGUACUGUAACCGAGCCUCUUCCCACAUGUUUAGGCUCAGAUGGCCCCUCCUUAGGGCGGUCCAGCUAACUGUGUCAUUUCAGGGAGUGAUGGCAUUCAUGUUUGUGCUGUAGACGGGUUGCUGCUGAAUCCUUUUUGGGGGCUUUCCCGUUAGGCAGGGAAAGCCCUCUGCCUAAAGAGGGCUUCUCGUUCAUGCACCCUUUGCCUCACCAACCACCAUGUAGCUGCUGUGUUGUAUUAUAUUACUCUUAAGGCAAGCGUGUGUUGUGUAUGUUUUAAAAAUCACUUAUUUCUUAUAGUGAUUUCAGUUGUACCGUUAUUUCUUCACUAAAACCACAGAGUCUUGCUUAAAACUCUGGAAAACCCAAACCAGUUAGAGGUUUGACUAGUCUGAAGAUUAAAUGCACACUUUCUAUAUAAUGUGACCAGUUAAAUGUAGUUUGUAUUUUACUGGGGGACCUUUUUUUUUUUUUAAACACACAAACUGUGAUUUACUUUUUUCCCCUUCCUAAUUAUAAGCGUGAGGUCGACCUUGGAAGGGGGUACAGGAGAGAGAAUUCGAGGCUCGAAUGUGCUCCGUUAUUCCGUGCCACAGCUGUUCUCAUUGCCAAGCGAGGGUGUAAUGGCUUUUGCCCCAGCACCUUGGUCUGGUGCUGGUUUGUUUUGUUUCUGCUUAAAUCAGCCUUCCUGCUGCCCUGAAAACUCACACUCUGUCCAGAUCACUGAAGCGUCCAGCUCAGGGCAGACUGCUGUAGACACUUCAGCUCACAGUCACUGCAUGACCUUCCACGUGCAUGCAGCAUUGAAGCAGCUUCUUUCUUCUGAAGUUUUACUUCCAUUUGAGCACUUGGCCUUUCUUUUUCAGGUCCAAGUCCCCCUUAAAAACAAAACGUGUUUUCGCACGGGGUUACAAUCCUGGCUGUGUAACCUGGACAGGGCGCAUCACUCUCUGGGUCUUUGUUUUCUGAGCCUUCUUCUGAUUCCAGUAUUCGGUGAUUCUGGCUCAGCAAGUUCAUGUCACCAGAGGCUGCUGUGGGUACUGGGCACCCAAGAAACAGAUGCCCUCAGUCCUUUUUUAAAUGCUUGUCCUGAAGACGAGACAGUAUUUCAGCAACAAAUUAAACAGUGGAAGUGAUGAAUAACAAAUCUAGUUUUCUCCUUGAAGAAUGAACUUGGUUUCUCAAACCAGAGACAGAGGGCAUCUCAUUUGUCUUGUGUCGUCCCAUUGGGGGCAUACGGUGGGGUCCUUUGGAGCAGGGAGUCUCAGCUGGGGCCCACCAGCAGAAAGCCACUCUUGAAUAGGGCUGCCUUUGGGAUCAAAAUACCUGGCACAUUCCUUUGUGGUCACUGAUGGGGAAUCUGGGUGUCCUGGGAAGCUGAAGCUGGGUGCUCACCAGAGCUGCCAGCAAGAAGGCCAGAGGGUCAGCUUGGGUUUAAUUUUCUUCCAAUUUCCCCACAUUCUUUCUGAUGAACUAUGGAAUUUCCUGGUUGGGUAGUCAGGAGAGCAGUGCCACCUUGUGUCUGUAUCACACAAUGUUUUUCUUUCUCCCAUUUAUUGAAGAUAUUUCACCUUUCAGGUAAGAUUUAAGAGACUAUUUUAACAAAUACCUGUGCAGAUCCUAAUGACGUAACUUGCUUCAGAUACAUUUGUGUGUGUGUGUGUGUGAGAAAUAAAAUGUGGCUGAAACUGUUUGCCCUCCCUUGUUGUGAA